AUUCAGACCUUACCAGACCUCUUUAGAACAUAAUAUAAAAGCCCUGUCUCUACUGUCUUCUUCUUUGUUUGUAUAGUUUCUAUUUCUCUCAGGGUCUUUCCUAGCUAGCUACUUCCUACUCCGUUAUAGUGUAGUACUACUGCAUUAAUUCACCCAACAAUGACUUGAAGCAAGCUAUUGUUAUAUAUUAUCUAACGUUUUCUCUCUCUCUCAGGCUCCUCCACACCUCCUGUACUUGAUAGGAGCAGCGUUCAAGUCCAUAUAUGGCGGACAAAGUGCUACGCGUGGCCACCAAUGAGGACAUAGUAGCAUCAGCAUAGAGGCAGACCUCCCAAUAUCCUUGCAUAAGGUGGGCUGUGCUGCGAUGGAUGCAAAACUUGUGGCUGACAAGCAAAUUGGUCGCGAUGACAUAAUGGAGGAACAUAAUGUAACAAAAUCAAUUCAUCAAAUACUGGCUGAGCCCUUCAAGCUUCAACAACAAGGUGGAGAUUUUGAAGAAGCCAUUCAAGAGUUGGUAGAAUUCGAUCAUAAGGUUGAAAGCACGCACCAAGGCAUAUCGAUUGACACCCCCGUAUCCUUGGGUUCUGCUAUGACGGGUCCAAAAUUCAUCUCAGCUAAGCAAAAUGGUCGCAAUGACAUAAUGGAGGAACAAUCGGCUGAGCCAUUCAAGCUUCAACAACAAGGUGGAGAUUUUGAAGGAGCCAUUCAAGCUUUGGUUAAUGUUGAAAGCACGCACCAAGGCGUAGCGAUUGGCCCCUCCGGAUGCUGGGGUUCUAGUAUAACAGGUCCGGAAUUCAUCUCGAAUCUGCAAAAUGGUCCCGAUACCCUAUUGGGUUCUAUAACAGGUCCAGAAUUCAUCUCAAAUCAGCCAAAUGGUCCCGAUAACCUAGCGAAUGGCCCCUCCGUACGCUUGACUAAGCAAACAGUUGGCGAUGAAGAUUUGCGCUUGUACCAGCAGUUGUACGGCUACGCAACUCAGGGCAAGAUAGAUAGCUUUAUUGACACCAUUGAUAGGAAGCUUGGGGCCAAUGCUCGCGAUUGGCUUCUGUCUCGACUAAACCCCCAUAACAACACACUCCUUCAUAUAGCUGCAAAAUUUGGUCAUGCGAAACUAGCAGCCGAGAUCCUACAACAUCACAAGCCCCUUUUGUUUGAGACGAACUCUGACAGAGACACUGCGCUCCAUGUUGCUGCCAAAGCCGGGGAUUUAGAUACCACAAACACUCUUCUCCAUGAAGCCCAAGGUCGUGAUGUAUUCAUAUUGCUGACCUCGAUAAAUAAUGAGAAAAACACUCCCUUACACGAGGCCCUGAUUCAUGGUCACCAAUCAGUAGCAAAGUGUUUGAUAGAGGCCUAUCCUGUCCUUCGUUUUGAUUGUAAUAAGGAACAGAAGUCCACUUUGUAUCUGGCCGCUGAGGAAGGGUUUGCUGAGAUCGUGAAGCUAAUACGAAAAAAAGCAUUUCAGCAAAACAUACGAGUUCAUGUCCAUGGCAAGUCCCCACUGCACGGUGCAAUUCUAGGCCGCAGGAACAAAGAACUCUUAGAGGUAAUAUCUAGUAUGGAGGAAACGUUUCAGAGCCCAAAAGAUGAGAAAGACAGGACUCCACUACAUUGUGCAGCAUCAAUUGGUUAUAUGGAAGGAGUUCGUUUCUUAUUAGAAAGACACCUCUCCGAUUCUCAUCAAGUGGAUCAUCGUGGCAACUUUCCAAUCCAUUCAGCAUCAAGCAAAGGUCAUGUCAAGAUUGUUAAAGAGCUGCUUCGACAUUGUCCUGAUUCAACGGAAUAUAGGAACUAUAAUUUCGAAAAUAUACUCCAUGUUGCAGCAAGAUGCGGCAAAGACAAUGUUGUCAAAUAUUUUCUCAAAAAUGGUGAGUUUCAAAUGUUGAUAAACCAAAAAGACAGCAACGGAAAUACUCCUUUACAUUUGGCAACGAAGCACCACCAUCCCAAGGUUGUCUACAGAUUGGCUUGGGAUACGAGGACAAACUUAAAUCUCUUGAAUGGUAUGGGCGAGACAGCUCUUGACAUUACAGAAAGCAAUUUCGGAACUAUUGACUCAUACCGUGGGAGCCUUACAUGGACGAUAUUGAAAUCUGCUUUCACACAGCCAGCUCAGAGUUUGCAUGUCCACCAAUGGUGGAGAUCACCACAAGUAGCAGACAAUGGUGGAUAUCACCACGAGGAAAGGUUUAACGACAAGGUGAAUGCUCAGAGUUUGCAUGUCCAAAGUAGGAAAAAGAUAUCACCAAAAGUAGCAGCCAGCGGUGGAGAUCACCACGAGGAAAGGUUUAAGGACAGGGUGAAUGCUUUACUAGUGGUUGCCACACUUGUUGCCACUGUGGCAUUUGCAGCCGGUUUCACAAUGCCAGGUGGCAACAACGAUUCUGCCCCUCAUGAGGGCAUGUCAAUCUUGCUAACCAAAGCUAUGUUCCAAACCUUUGUGAUUUGUAACACUAUAGCUAUGUAUACUGCCACCCUUGUUGCAGUCACUCUCAUUUGGGCGCAGUUGGAAGACGUAAAUUUGGUGUACAAUGCUCUUCGUCUCGCAUUGCCGCUGCUGUGGAUUGCGCUUACCAUGAUGUCCUUAGCCUUCAUGGCUGGGGUGUAUGUGGUAGUUAGCAAUCUUCAUUGGCUUGCCAAUGUUGUAUUGAUCCUGGGAGUCCUUUUCAUUUUCACUGUCUUAGUAGUUUUCACUCCACUCUACUGCAAAACUACUUCUAGGUUCUACAUCCUUCGUUGUAUCACUUAUUUUCUCUUCUGUGUGGAAGUAUGGGCUUCUACAAGUCACAACAAGGACCAAACAGAAGAAUGAUCUCCUUGGUUGCGCGACACUGGGGCUUAAGUGGUAGUUCUUGUGUUCCCUAAAGAACAGUAGUAGUUUUGCUGUUUCAUGUACUUUAUGUUGUAGUUAAGAACUUUGUGAGUGUAUCUAUUAAUAACUGUGUCAUGUUUAUUUUA